AUGCGGCAGAUGCACGCCGCAGACCCGGACCUGAUCAAGACAGAGGUACAAGCGGUGACCGCACCCACACAGGCCUCGGAGGAAGAUAUCCAAGACCUCCGGAAAGAGGUACAAGAUCUAAAAGAAACUGUCCAACAUUUGAAGACCUCCCAAGCCACUAUAUCCACCAGAGUGGAUCAGGCAGAAGACCGCCACAGGCGCACCAAUUUCAAAAUCAGGGGCAUCCCUGACUCAGUUGACGUGACUGAACUGGCCAACUACCUCAGACGCCUAUUCAGCAAGCUCUAA